UAAAACGCUUUCGUCAAUUUCGUCCGUCUUCAUUGUUUUUAGUUUUUUUACGUAAUUUUUAUAAUCUUUGAAAGGAAAUGUUCAAUUAGUGAAAUUGAUGUUGAUACUCGCUUCACUGGUAUGCUAUAAACCUGGUCUACAAAAUGCACUGUCCCUCCUGAUUUGUUUAAUUUUCGUUGAAGCGGUGCGGUAAAUCAUAACACUCGUCGCUUUCUUCAUCACACCCAUCUGAGUAAAUACUCAACGGAGUAGGUCGUAUUUCUACUUGUUUCAUCAAGAUGGCCACUGAUAAGGUGCCUCUGACCGAUGCUCUGUCCAAUGUGGAUGUGUUGGACGAACUAACACUUCCUGAUGAGCAACCAUGCAUCGAAGCUCAACCCUGUUCAGUUUUGUAUCAGGCCAAUUUCGAUACCAAUUUCGAAGAUCGAAAUGGAUUUGUUACCGGAAUAGCGAAGUAUAUUGAAGAAGCCACUGUACAUGCUAGUCUGAAUGAAUUACUCGAAGAAGGGUUAAAGCAUUCGGUGAUGCUGUACACCUGGAGGUGUUGUUCGAGAGCUAUACCUCAACCGAAAUCAAACGAGCAACCUAAUCGCGUCGAAAUCUACGAAAAAACAGUCGAGGUUUUAGGACCUGAAGUGAAUAAAUUACUCGGCUUCAUGUAUUUCCAGAGGAAAGCUAUCGAAAGAUUUUCGGCUGAAGUUAAACGACUCUGUCAUACAGAAAAACGCAAAGAUUUCAUUUCGGAAGCGUAUCUGCUUACUUUGGGUAAAUUUAUCAACAUGUUUGCCGUGCUCGAUGAACUGAAGAACAUGAAAUCGAGCGUGAAAAACGAUUACUCCACUUACAGAAGAGCUGCUCAGUUCUUGAAAGUUAUGUCAGAUUCGCAAACUCUUCAAGAGUCGCAGAAUUUAUCGAUGUUUUUAGCAACUCAGAAUAAAAUAAGAGAUACUGUAAAAGAAAACUUGGAAAAAAUCGCCGGUUACGAAGAACUCCUCGCCGAUGUGGUCACACUUUGCGUUCAAAUGUUUGAAACUAAAAUGUAUCUUACCCCGAAUGAAAAACACAUGCUGGUUAAAGUCAUGGGAUUCGGCUUAUUUUUAAUGGAUAACGAAGUUUGUAACAUAAACAAGCUCGAUCAAAAGAAACGUUUGAAUUUGAGCAAAAUCGAUCGUAUUUUCAAGAAUUUAGAAGUCGUUCCCUUAUUCGGAGACAUGCAAAUAGCUCCUUUUAAUUACAUAAAGAGGUCGAAAAAUUACGAUGCUAGUAAAUGGCCUCUUUCGUGUUCUACGAACAUCAGUCCUCAAGCCGAUCUCAUGGUACAUUUACCUCAAAUACGUGAAGAUCAUGUGAAAUAUAUUAGCGAGUUGGCUCGUUACAGUAAUGAAGUUACAACCACGUACAAGGAGACUAGAACCGAUGCUGAAAAUAAAGAUACCACCGAUUUAGCGUUACGAGGACUGCAGCUGUUAUCUGAAUGGACAAGUGUAGUGACAGAAUUGUACUCUUGGAAGCUACUCCACCCAACAGAUCAUCAUCAAAAUAAAGAUUGUCCUCAAGAAGCCGAAGAAUAUGAAAGAGCAACUCGUUAUAAUUAUUCGGAUGAAGAGAAAUUCGCUCUUAUCGAAGUGAUCGCAAUGAUCAAAGGAUUACAAGUGUUGAUGUCCCGAAUGGAGACCGUAUUCACCGAUGCAAUUCGCCGCAAUAUUUAUGCCGAAUUACAAGAUUUUAUUCAAAUUAUUCUUAGAGAGCCGUUACGAAAAGCUAUCAAAAAUAAGAAAGAUUUGAUUAGGAGUAUAUUGAUGUCGGUUCGAGAAACUUGUGCUGAUUGGCAGAGAGGUGUUGAGCCUCAAACUGACCCAGCUCUUAAAGGCAAGAAAGAUCCCGAUAAUGGGUUCGGAAUCAAAGUACCACGAAGGAAUGUUGGACCUUCAUCUACACAACUUUACAUGGUUCGUACCAUGUUGGAAUCGUUGAUUGCUGAUAAAUCCGGAGGCAAAAGAACUCUUAGAAAAGAUAUCGAUGGACAAUAUCUGAUGCAAAUCGACCAAUUCCACAAGACGUCAUUUUUCUGGAACUAUUUAUUGAAUUUCAGCGAUUCUUUGCAACAAUGCUGUGACCUGUCGCAAUUAUGGUAUCGUGAAUUUUAUCUAGAAAUGACCAUGGGUCGCAGAAUCCAAAAAUGCACGGUACGUCAUCAGCAUAACGAAGAAUGCAGCGAUCUAAUUACAAUGGAAAAAAGAAUACAGUUUCCAAUUGAAAUGUCAAUGCCGUGGAUUCUCACUGAUCACAUAUUACGCACAAAAGAGCAAUCUGUUAUGGAGUGUGUUCUAUAUCCUUUGGAUUUAUAUAACGACAGUGCCCAUUAUGCGUUGACUGUGUUCAGAAAACAAUUCCUUUACGAUGAAGUUGAAGCCGAAGUGAACCUUUGUUUUGAUCAGUUCGUCUAUAAACUCAGCGAACAGAUUUUUUCAUAUUAUAAGCAGCUCGCUUCUAGUAUUUUAUUGGAUAAACGAUUCCGAGCCGAAUGCGAAGCCAUGGGCACCUACUUGCUGGCUUAUCCGCGAGCUAAUCGUUACGAAACAUUGAUGCGUCAACGUCACGUCCAAUUACUCGGUCGAUCUAUUGAUUUAAAUAAACUGAUCACCCAACGCAUCAAUGUGGAUAUGUUGAAAUCUCUAGAUUUAGCCAUUAGUCGAUUUUUAGCUGGCGACAUUACUGGCACAGUUGAAUUGGAUGGAUUAUUGAAAGUGAAUCGAUUAUGUCAUAAACUUCUGAGCAAGCAUUUAGCGCUGGACGAAUACGAUACCAUGUUACGAGAAGCGAAUCAUAGCGUCCUAACUGCCUACGGACGUAUUACCAUUCACGUAUUUUACGAGUUGAAUUACGAUUUCUUACCCAACUAUUGUUAUAAUGCUGCUACAGCCAGGUUCGUUAAAUGUCGAGGAUUAUCUUUUACUCAACCUGUACAUCGAGAUAAGCCACCUCAAAUGGGACAUCAGUACUUAUGGGGAAGCAAACAGCUCAAUCUAGCCUAUAGUACAAUUUAUGGUCAAUACUCCGGAUUUGUCGGCGCUCCUCAUUUUCGAACGAUUUGUCGAUUACUGGGAUACCAAGGUAUUGCUUUCGUGAUGGAAGAACUGCUGAAAAUCGUUAAAUCGCUCAUUCAAGGCAAUAUUUUACAAUUUACCAAGACGCUGAUCGAAGCCAUGCCCAAACUUUGCAAAUUACCUAGAUACGAUUACGGAUCUCCUGGCGUUUUGGGAUAUUAUCACGCUCAAUUGAACGAUAUCGUUCAGUAUCCGGAUGCAAAAACCGAACUCUUCCAUAAUUUUAGAGAAUUAGGUAACACGAUAUUAUUCUGUUUACAAAUGGAACAAGCUUUGUCGCAAGAAGAAGUAUGCGACUUGUUGCAUGCAGCACCCUUCCAGAAUAUAUUCCCGAGACCGUUUUGCAAAGAAGGAGAAAAACCAGAAACUAAACAGAAAAGACUAGAAACGAAAUUCGCAGCUUUACACGUCGUACCGAAUAUAGACAAAUUUGGAACUGCCAAACAAGCGAUGAUCGCUCGUGAAGGUGACUUACUCACCAGAGAACGUCUCUGCUGCGGGUUAUCGAUAUUCGAAGUUAUAUUAUCACGAUUAAGGAGUUACUUGGACGAUCCGGUAUGGGUAGGACCUCCGCCUAUGAACAGUGUCAUGAAUAUCGACGAAUGCACGGAGUUCCAUCGUCUCUGGUCUGCACUGCAGUUCGUAUAUUGUAUUCCAGUCGGCGAAACUGAAUUUACUGUGGAGGAACUCUUUGGUGAAGGAUUAAAUUGGGCUGGAUGUGCAAUGAUAACUUUACUCGGACAACAGCGAAGGUUCGAAGCUCUAGAUUUCUGCUAUCACAUUCUACGCGUUCAACGAGUCGACGGAAAAGAUGAAAACGUCAAAGGAAUCCACUUGAAAAGAAUGGUAGAUCGUAUCAGACGAUUUCAAGUACUAAAUUCUCAAAUAUUCGCCGUACUCAACAAAUACCUGAGAACUGGCGAAAAUGAUUCCCUUUCGGUGGAACAUGUCAGAUGUAUACCACCUCCGGUACAUCCAUCGAUAGCCGUUGCUCACGCCCAUGGUCAUUAUUAUCGCCCAGAACAUAUGCAUCAAAUGGUUCAGCAUAGUAAUCAUUAGAAAAAGGAAAUGAAAAAACUCUGAUAAUACUUCAAAAUAAUGUAAUUUCGUCGAGACUGACUGUCGUGUUAACCUGCAGAUUGAUGCUCUUUGUGUGUAUUUUGCAUUCCAGUACUCAGAGAUUUUUUUUGUAAUGAAUGUGCAUUUAUUUAUUUAUUUUUUUCGUAAUUUUGAUAUGUAGUUAAGUGUGGCUUGAUGCUGAAUAUUGCAGAAUACGAAGCCCAUUUUUAUUUUUUUAAUUUUGCUAAUUUAUGAAAAAUUAUUAUUGUAACAAUUUAUCUUAUUUAAACCAAAGAAUAUAAUACUUUUAUCCAA